AUGGAUAUCUUGUUAAUAAUAGAUGCCAAACGCCAGCUUCAGCUAGGAUUCUACGGAAUUAAGCUGUGGUGCAAUCCCGCCGCAGGGGGGAGGCGGAGGGUGCGGAGGAGGAGGUGGGGCGGCCUGGUAGGCAGCGGCCGGGCUGCCCGCGCCGGCGUGGAAGUAGUCCUGACCCGGGCCCGGGCCGCCCCCUCGGCCGCAGCCGGGCGGCGGCGACGGGUGCGGGUGCGCGUGCGCCUGCGGGGGCGCGUGCGGGAAGCCGGCGGCGCUGUUGCCAUAGAGCUGCAGGGCGGCGGCGUGGCGGCCGCUGACCUCGGGCGCGAAAUGACAGUCGUAGUAAGUGGGAUUGAUGGCCUCGCCCGCCGCCGCGGCCGCCGCGGCCGCCGCCGCCUUGUACUUGGAGUACAGCGGGUUCACGAAGUACGAGCUCAUCGGGGCGGCGGCCGCGGGCGGGCGGGAGGGCGAGCGCAGCCGGUGAGGGGCGCGCCGGGGCUCGGCCGCGCCGCCGCGGGGGCCUCUGGGGCGGCUGCUGCAGCCGCGGGGGCCGCCGGGCCUCGUCGCCGCCCGCCCGCCCGCCCGGCGCGCGCUUCCCCUCAGGCCCGACCGUCCGGCCGCCGGGCGCUCAUGUCGGGCUCUCCCGCCGCCACCGCCGCCGCUGCCUGGGCCUCGCGCCGCCUCCCUCGCGGGCCGCGCGGCCUCUCCCGCCCGCCCCCGCGCGCCGCCGCCGCCGCCGCCGCCCUGCGGGCCUCUCCCCCGGCGCGCGCCCGCCCUCCCGCCCGCGGGGCCGCGGUCUACUCGCCGACGCCCCGGGUGACCUGCCCCGCGGCCUCCAGGUCCCUCCCCGGGCACCGGGCGGCCCGAGCGCAGCCCCGGGACGGGGCGAGGGGGGGGGUGGGAAAAAGAGUGCGGCGCGCGGAGCCGCGGGGAGGACGCUUAGGCUCGGGCUCUCACGAGCCCCCGCUCUGCAGGGAAACGAGAAGAAAACACACCCUCUGCUCGGUGCCACCUCUCACCUCCACCCCCCACCCCCCGCCGCCCCCUCCCGGCGCUGUCGCCGCCGCCGUCGCCCCCGCCGCCGCCGAGGCUGCCGCCUCGGUGCGCCCCGGCGAGGCAUUUUCGCACCCCGCCGCUGCCAGGAGAGGGAGCGAGAUGGGGGGCGAGAUAACCGCGCGGAGGGAUCCGGCCGGCGGCGAAGCGGCCCCUGCGCCGGCCGGGACGCCUCACGCCGGCCCCCGGGAUGCCUCCGCCAGCCUUAAAGGGGGCCCAUAAAGCCGCACUGCCAAGGGCUCCUGCCCUCCCACCCCCCGGGCCGGCAGAGAGGGGGGGCGCGGCCGAAUCUUAGCCUUGGGGCAGCCGGGGAGGUCACUCCCAGGAGGCUGCAGAGGGAACGCUGUCGUCCCGCAGCUCCGGGAAGUGCCCAGCAGGGACUGGCCGGGGCCUUUUUUUAAAUUUUUUUCCCCAUUUCUGACCGUGGACUGGCCGGGGCCUUUUUUUUUUUUUUUCCCAUUUCUGAACAUGGACUGGCGGGGUGGCCGGCCUGGUCCUCGCAUUUGUUUGGGGACCCUAUCUCCACGGUUCUGAUGCAAAGCCCCGAUCCGGCCCCCAAAUCCUGGCCUUAUCAAAGCGAAUCAAAGUCCUGCUUUUUCCAGCCCAGCAGGCCUUGUGGAAAUGAGACGUACAUUUACCCUUGACGCACGCACUGCCUGCCCGGCUCAGGCUCCCAGAGAGAAAAUCAGGAGAAGGCUCCCGAGCAGCCACUUUGUGAGGAAGGGAAGUAGAGCCUGCUGGGGAAAUCCAGAGUUCGCGUGUUCGGGGAUGGGCAAAAGUCAGGAUUGCGGCAGCUGUGAAAAGCUGUGCGGCUAGACACUACCAACCGCUCCCCCACACGCCUUCAUCUCUUUUCUAUUAUUUGAAUGUCCACUAAAUAUAUUUAUUCUCUCCCCCUCCCCCCUUUCUCCCUUCCUUCCUCCAGCUUUAGGUGUUGAACCCUUUAUCCUUCGGGAUAAGCGGUGUCUGGCGGGCACCUAUGAUCUUGAGAACAGACCUUGAAGAUACACCCCAGUUCGCCAAAGACUCUGGCUUACGCUAAAUCACACCGCGCUGACUUUCCACGGCCAAAUACAAAUGCCAAAAACCCCAGAUGGACUCAGGGAGGCAGCAGGCCAGAGAUUCCCUUCCAUUCCCUGUGGGUUUGCUCAGCCCAUGUGGACGGGAUCCCGUGGUCAGUCCGAAUGGAUUGAACCUCGUUUUUAUAAAUAAGGUCGACACAGAAAGGCAUAUUUGGUAGUUAUGUCUGACUCAAUUCUUUCUACCAGGAAGGCUGAAAGUGGGGAAGGUAAACAAAUGAAUCUGGAGAGCUAAAGGCACGCGUUAUUAAAACUGGUGGUAGAGAGGAUGGGCACCUUGUUAUUGGGGUGGUUAAGGGCAAGGGUGUUUUAUCAUUUUUUGUUUUCCUUCCAAGUAUCCUUCAACUGCGAAGUGUAACAACUAAUUCUGACUAUUAAGGAUUUGAACUUCAAUCCGGCAAUACCCAAUUAAAAGAUCUUUUUCAAUAAAACCUUGGA